GACUUUAAUCUUUUAUAUGAAGAAGCAAAGUAUUACCAGCUGCAGCCAAUGAUUAAGGAACUUGAGCGAUGGAAACAAGAGAAAGAACAAAGGAAACAUUUCCAGCCUUGUGACUGCUUGGUCGUAAGAGUGACUCCAGAUCUGGGGGAAAGAAUUGCAUUGAGCGGGGAGAAAGCUUUAAUAGAAGAGAUCUUCCCGGAGACGGGGGACGUCAUGUGCAACUCCGUAAACGCAGGCUGGAACCAGGACCCUACCCACGUUAUUAGGUUUCCUUUGAACGGAUACUGUCGGUUGAAUUCAGUGCAGGUGCUCGAAAGAUUAUUUCAGAAGGGAUUUAACGUGGCAGCUUCGUGCGGCGGUGGGGUGGAUUCCUCUCAGUUCAGUGAAUACGUGCUGUGUCGCGAAGACAGACGACCACAACCUACCCCAACAAUCAGAAUAAAACAGGAGCCCCUGGACUAGACCCUACCCGUACUCCUUUGUAACCGUAGAAGUGUUUAAUAGUCCCUUAUGUGAAACACUUAAGGAUUUGCAAAACAGUAUUAGCAAACAGAUUUUGACUUUAUGUUGCCAAUUAGUGGUAUUCUGAAACUACCUGUCACAUAGCCAGCCAUGAAAUGCAUUUGCAAAACCAGUUGUCCGUUUUUCACGAUGAAAUUCCUGAGCACGCUCAGCGUACUGGGCCUGCUGGGAACGUACUUUGGGCUGAGCAGCUGCGGUGGUGAAAAAGGCAAAGCUUCAUAAACCCCUGACCCUAGACUGGACUUCUGCGGAAAGACCAAUUAAAGCAAUUUGAAUAGAUCAGCAGGAGAAACGGUUCUGACAGCCUUUCCAACGAUCCCCCGAUCCUGUG